AUGGGUUGGGUGGCGAAUCAACAAUGCAGAAGAUGGAAGAGAAGUCGUAUAUUGGGAGCAGCAUUACUCUGCUGUAUGUGCUUCCUCUUGUUCACUCCCAGAAUCCCUCGUUCUCCCAAACACCAUCAAUUUGUUGACAUGCGCAAUCUUUUCGGUGUACCCAAUACGCUGAAUGUGAUGACAAAUUUACCAUUUUUAGUUGUGGGUGUUCUGGGUUUUGUUCUCGCUCUUGAAGGAGGUUUCUUCAACAUAAGUUCUCAAGGAGAGGUCUGGGGUUGGGUGCUGUUCUACGCUGGAAUAGCAGGGGUGGCUUUUGGCUCUGCUUAUUACCAUUUGAAACCCGAUGAUCAUCGUGUGUUGUGGGACACUUUACCGAUGAUGGUGGCCUUCUCCUCGCUUUUGUCUAGUUUGGUUGCUGAGAGACUCGGCCAGAGAAUUGGGUUGUGUUGUAUGUUUGCACUCAUUGUUGCUGCCCUUCUUUGUGUAGUUUAUGAACGAAUUUAUAAUGAUAUUCGGUUAUCCAUGGUGUUCCAAUUGAUUCUGCCUCUAGCUAUCCCAGUUAUAGCAUCUGUGUACCGCUCCAAAUAUACUCACUCAAGAUAUUGGUUUUUAUCGACAGGGAUUUAUCUACUGGCAAAAUUUGAAGGUGUUACUGACAGGAAACUGUACCAUGUAAAUAACUACAUUAUCAGUGGGCAUUCUUUGGAACACUUGUGCUUAGCACUGAUCCCAAUUUUACUGAGCGUAAUGCUCAUCUACAGGGAACUUAAGUUUCAAAGAUUACUUGAUCUUAAAGAUCGCCCAUGAAGAGGCAGAGAGAGUCAAUGAUUGUUCAGUUGAUCCUGGAUACAUGAGAUAUUCCAGUAAAAUGAAGGAGUGAAAAUGCCUAACGAUUAUUGAAACCAUGGUCGGU